AUGCCUCCUGCACCUCUGGAGCCUCUGCUCGCAGCUGGAGCGCCUCCAAUGAGAACAAGGAGAGGAUGGUAUACAUGCGGAUGUUGCUCCAAAGUUUUCCUAACAAUGAUCCUCACAAUCGUUGUAUCUCUGUAUCUAGCUCUUCCUUCCUUACCUCCAACUCCCCCAGGCCAUGUUGCAGUUGUCUCGCCUUUUGAGAUCCAUACGGUUACGGAUUUCCUCGGCGCUGCCAAGUCUGGUAUCAUGCCCGGAAACCGAAAAACCAGACUACCUCUUAUGCCUGAGGAGGUAGUGAAAUACUUGUCGACUAGUUACGUUGAAUGGGCGCCAGAACCCUAUAAAACCCAACUUGGCUCAGAGAGUGUAUCUGCAACUCUCUCCACUGCACCGCCUUUAACUAGAAUUAUGAUGGCUGCAUCUGGGAUGAGUGAUAUCUUGCGUGCUGCACUAGAUUCACUGAGUAUUGAACGAAAUAUGGACAUGAUGAAGAAAAGAAUUUGGCAUGGUAUGUCACCAAUUCCUCCUGCCCGGUGGGAGUCCAUGGGCCUCUCUAAAUCAGAGAAUAUCGAUGCGGCUCUCUCUCAAAUACAGCUCAUAAUAGACGUAUUCGAAUAUCUUCAUACUCCUCGUGUACAAGGCCGAUUGCGAGAUAUAUAUAACCAUAUAUGGUUCGAAUUUGACAUUUUUCAGGAUGUAUUAGACGCACUGGAAGUUUCAAAAGGGAGAUCCAAACCGGUUUACAAUUUGCCGGCUUUGUGGCAAGAAUACAUCCAGUCCUAUCUCUUCGAAAACAUGGCUUUUCAAUCCCGCAGCUUUAUAUUCACAAGUUUACUCCCUCUUUACAACGCGACCCGUUCCAAAUUUUUCGAUCAAUCGAAAUUUGUUUUUGGUGAAGCUGAGACUCCUCUCAUUUCUCAGCAUCACUAUCAUAUUCUAAACAGUAUACUCGAUCUCUAUAUCGAAACCGAGUUCCAUGUUGUACCGCACACUGUCGGGUUCGUAUAUCGACAUGAACCAGGGAAUGUAACUGGGUUGCUGAGUGAGGACGAAAGCUCGUGGAAAAGAAACAACGCAGUAUAUGAGAGUCUCCAAGAUACUAGAAGAGAGGACUUUCAAAUAGACUAUCAACGAAAAAUAAAAGAGACCACUGAGAUGAGAAUCGCAAAUGAUGACCAUUCUUCGUUUGAACAAAAGCAGGAAGCUCUACAACCCAUAUGGGACAUCUUAGAUAGAGCAGACGCGCACCAAACGGCACAGUCACAAAUAUUGAACCCUUCGAAAGUAGAAGAGGAAGAUUGGAUAAGAGAAUUGAGGAGCGUUGAUAAAUUUGGAUACGUCAUCUACAAAAUGAGUAAGGGAAAAAACGCGAAAGAGUGGAAAAACUUUCUUGCUAGAUUGGAAGUAGGUUUAGAUAGUGGAUGGGAAGGUAUGGUAGGAGUUGAGAAUGUGAGGCAAAAAGCAACCUUACAUUGGAUAGAGGGUCUCGAUGAAAGUAUAUUCGAGGACGACUUUGCAGAUGCGAGAGAACACUUCCAAAAUAUGGUAGCUUCACAAAGUAUUCCAGCCAAUUUGUCCACGUCAACUUUCCUCGUUGUCGACUCUGCAUCUUUCUCAUCGUUUGGUUCUAUACCAGGGAGCAGCAAUCGUGGUUUUCUCCAUGUUGUCUCGGCAGAUUUUGAUCCUGCUUCGAAUCUGAUAGAGAGAUACAAUGGUGCUUUCAAGAUCAUAGAUCAAUUGGUGUGGACAGAAUUGUAUCCUUUGGCUGAGCACUUGAAAUGUGCUAGCUUAGACGCAUUCUGGGCACUGGCGAGAAACCAUCCCUUGGAACUGUACAUUGGGGCAACAACAGAGAUUCAAAGAAGGGCCUGGAAUUCUUUGAAUAGUUAA